AUGCACCAAGACAUUGUCAUCACCCUGUCUGUGUGUGCCGUGAUACUGACCACCGUGUUGUUUGAAUAUCGAAUGCAGCGAGUGGAAGACAAAUGUAAGGAGAUCGAAUUGAAGUAUGAUUUACAUCAAGAGACAGCUGGAAAAGACGACGAAAUCGUGGAUACACCACUGGUUGACGAUAACGAAAAUAUAGAAGUGGGAGCAGCAUUGAAACGCCGCUAUAGCAAAUCUGGUGACCUUAUGGAAGAUGAACUUAGGGAACUGUCUGCUCAGAGAACCAUUGCCUUCUCAGCAGCAUUAGGACAUCCCAUGGACGAUAACGAAACUGUGUCCGAGGUUGUCAUGUACGAAAUCGUUGAUAUCAACAUCGGAGAAGGAUAUGAUCCUACAACAGGGAUAUUUAGAGUUCCCGAGUCUGGUGUGUAUGUUUUCCACUGGACAAGUGUCACCAUUCCAGGUAAAUGGUACGAAACCGAGCUGAACAUAAACGGUCAUCAGAAAAGACUAAACAGCUGCAAUAACAAAGGAGAGAAUGCGUCAUCCAAUUUGUCCUGUUCCACCAUUGUUAUAGCAGAGGUGAAGGAAAGCGACAUUGUGUGGGUCGCCAAGUUUGGACAAGAAGGAGAUUAUUUAAUGGAAAUGUAUUCAUCAUUCACGGGAUGGAAAAUAGGAGAGAUACCAAAAAGUGAUGAUAACUGAUUUAUCUGUAAAACCAUUUAGUAUAUGGGUGAAUAGAUGGAAUCUAGGGAGUAGAUGAUGCAAAUUGUACAUAUUAGGUAGAUAAUACUAAGUUACAUUGUAUCAUGGUUUGUACACAACACCCGUACAGUUGUCUAAAUGUUGUGGACCACGU